CGCGGAAAAGAAAAAGAAAAAAAAAGCACCAAAGAGAAGAAUCAGUUUUACUUGCCCCUCUUGGCUCACGCGGAAAUCGACGGUUGUCUUCGCCGGUUAAGAUGAAGCAGAGAACAUGGCCGUGUAAAUCCGAAGGAUCUCGAUUCACCUCCUUGCCGUUUUCGAAACCCAACGACAAGGAAAAGCGCAGUAGAUUUUCCAUUAGAGGAACGGCCAAGUCAAGCUCAAGGUCCUCUUCACAUCCACCGUCGAACGAGGUAGCCGAUGCCGGCGGGGAUUUCUCGAUGCUUCCGUUCGAUAUUCUGACGAAAAUCGCGGCGCCGUUAAGUUUUCCGAACCUCCAGGCGGCGUCGUCGGUUUGCAAGUCGUGGAGAGACGCGCUCCAGCCGCUGAGGGAAUCGAUGGCGCUGCUUAAGUGGGGCAAACGGUUCAAGCACGGACGAGGAGGCGUGCGGGCGAACCUCGACAAGGCACUGGAUUCGUUUCUGAAAGCGGCCGCUCGUGGAUCCACGCUCGCCAUGGUCGACGCAGGGCUCGUGUAUUGGGAAAGGGGAGAGAAGGAGAAAGCGGUGAAUCUAUAUCGGAAAGCUGCUGAGCUUGGUGAUGCUGUUGGUCAAUGUAAUUUGGGGAUUUCUUAUCUUCAAGCUCAACCUUCAAACCCGAAGGAAGCGAUGAAAUGGUUGAAACAAUCUGCAGAAAACGGCUAUGUUCGAGCACAAUAUCAGCUAGCUCUUUGUUUACACCAGUCUCAGGUUGUGCAACCCAAUAUGCAAGAAGCUACGAGAUGGUACCUAAAGGCAGCAGAAGGUGGGUAUGCGCGAGCAAUGUAUAACGUAUCGCUGUGUUACUCGGUUGGGCAAGGCGUACCACAAAACCGCAAGCUAGCAAGAAAAUGGAUGAAACGAGCAGCUGAUCAAGGCCACAGUAAAGCCCAGUUUGAACACGGCCUUACUCUGUUUUCUGAAGGGGCGAUGCUGAAGUCUGUACUCUACUUAGAACUCGCUGAACGUGGUGGCGAAACAGCUGCUACUCACGUCAAGGAAGUUGUACAACAUCGGCUUUCUGCAAAUUCUCGUGCUCAUGGCUUGCCAUGAAACGAUGGGCGUGCGUAAGCCAGCUACUCGCCGAGCCCCAUCUACGUUUUGAGUACAGUGAGAUCAAAGUAAAUUAUUGACUCAUUUUACGUUUUCUCUUUAACUCAAAUUGCUCCUCUUUUGCUCACACAAUAGUUUAUGAUCAGAGAAUGAUUUGUACCAAAGUAUCAAUUAACACACACAGUUUAAUAUUUAAGCACAGCUAAUGCAACCCCACAACCUCUCAUAAA